AUGUGAGGGGGAGGAGAGACUCCACAGUCAGGCAGCAGUGUGUGUGUUGGUGUGUAGAUGUGAAGAAGAACUCAGCCGCUGGAGGACUUUUCUCUCCGAGUCAAACUACUUAUCUUUGUGAGUAAAACCCCAAUAACAAGGACAAAGACGAGGAGGAGGACACAUGCGAAAAUGCGAGAAGAAAUCCAGAAAGCGAGUGUCUUCUGCUUAUUAAAUAUUCAGCGCGGGAGAACAGACAUUAUUAUUAUUAUCGCCCCUCCGGAGGACUUGUGGCAGCACUGAGGAGAAACUACAACAGUAACGGGCUUCAGACGACACUGGAUGGGCUGAAGAGAAGCGGAGUUUAGACUGAAGAAGAGCAAAGCGUUUCCAAAGGGAAGGGGAGGAGAGGAGAGGAGAGAGAGAGGGGGCAAAGAAAACGCCCUGCUGCCUGUUGCUGGUAUCUCUCCACACAUUCAAACUUUAUUUGGGAAAAAAAAUGCAUCUUUCACUUAACGGGAGGUGAUAACUCAAGAGUGACGCUGUCUUUAAUUAGCUGGAACUAGCUAGCUGACUGGAGUCUAGCUAAACUUGGCACUAAGUUUGUUGGAGUCUGCUGUGGGACUAUUUUCUGUCCUCAUUGUGCAGACUGUUCGUGUUGGGGGCGAGUUGGGUGGGCUGAGAGAGAGAGAGAGCCUCAAGGCUGCUCCGCUAGGCCCCCACGGCCAUUAGCCAGCAGGAACAAAGAGCUUUCACAUGUAAAACUCCCAAAACAGUUUUGGGAAAACCUAUUUUUACUGAACUUUUGGGAAGGAGCCGCUGCAGCCAUGUCGCUGGGCGCGGAGAGGAGGAUGGAAUCCCGGCUGAAGAAGCUGGAGGGCAUGAUCAGAGAGCCCAGGUCUGCCAUCAACCUGGAAAGUUUGCUGGACUCCCUAAAUGCCCUGGUCUUAGACUUGGACUACCCUGCACUACGCAAGAACAAAAACAUCGAAACCUUCUUAAUCAGAUAUGAGAAAGUCAUAGCACAGACUCGAGACCUCCAGAUGAAGUCCGAAGACUUUGACAGAGUUAAAGUCAUUGGUCGAGGGGCAUUUGGUGAAGUCCAACUAGUCCGGCAUAAAGCCUCUCAGAAGGUCUACGCCAUGAAGCUACUGAGCAAGUUUGAGAUGAUCAAGCGCUCUGACUCGGCUUUCUUCUGGGAAGAGAGGGACAUCAUGGCCUUUGCCAACAGUCCCUGGGUUGUGCAAUUGUGCUGUGCCUUCCAAGAUGAGCACUUCCUCUACAUGGUGAUGGAGUACAUGCCAGGAGGUGACCUGGUCAACCUCACCAGCACCUACGACGUGCCGGAGAAAUGGGCCAAGUUCUACACAGCAGAGGUGGUGAUGGCCCUGGACGCCAUUCACUCCAUGGGCUUCAUCCAUCGGGACGUGAAGCCGGACAACAUGCUGCUGGACAGACUGGGACACCUCAAGCUGGCCGACUUCGGCACGUGCAUGAAGAUGGACACUACCGGCAUGGUGCAUUGUGAUACAGCUGUCGGGACUCCUGACUACAUCUCUCCAGAGGUGCUGAAAUCCCAGGGAGGAGAUGGGUAUUAUGGGAGAGAGUGUGACUGGUGGUCUGUAGGCGUCUUCAUCUUCGAGAUGCUUGUUGGUGACACACCGUUCUACGCCGACUCUCUGGUGGGAACCUACAGUAAGAUCAUGGACCACAAAAACUCCCUCAACUUCCCUGAUGAUGUGGAGAUCUCCAAAGAUGCCAAGAAUAUCAUCUGUGCCUUCCUGACUGACAGGGAGGUGCGAUUGGGCAGAAACGGCGUGGAGGAAAUCAAGCGACACCCUUUCUUCAAGAACGACCAGUGGACCUUCGACACCAUCAGAGACACGAUUGCCCCCGUGGUCCCAGAGCUGAGCAGUGACAUAGACACCAGUAAUUUUGAUGAGAUUGAAGAUGACAAAGGCGAUGUAGAAACUUUCCCCACACCUAAAGCCUAUGUUGGAAACCAGUUACCCUUUGUUGGCUUCACUUACUUCAAAGAAGACCAGUUACUAAAUGCCUCCAACAAUGUCUUGGUGACUCACGAUAAUUCCAAAGGAGAGACAGCAGCAUUGCAGAAGAAAGUGCGCCAACUGGAGGUGCAGCUGAAUAAUGAGAAGCAGGUCAAAGGGGAUCUAGAGCACAAACACAGAACUGCCACUGGCCGUCUAGACAAAAUCUCCAAAGAACUUGAGGAAGAGGUGAGCUGCAGAAAGAAUCUGGAGUCGAGUCUGAGGCAGCUAGAGAGGGAGAAAGCCCUGCUGCAGCACAAGAGCCUGGAGAGCCACCGCAAGGCCGAGAGCGAGGCCGACAGGAAGCGCUGCCUGGAGAAUGAAGUCAACGGCCUUCGAGACCAGCUGGAUGACAUGAAGAGGAGAAACCAGAACUCACACAUUUCCAAUGAGCAGAACAUUCACCUGCAGAAACAGCUGGAGGAAGCCAACACGUUGCUACGGGCCGAGUCUGAGGCGGCGACGAGGCUCCGUAAAACCCAGACGGAGGGCAGCAAGCAGCUGCAGCAGCUGGAGGCCAACGUGCGCGAGCUGCAGGACAAAUGUUGCCUGCUGGAGCGCAGCAAGCUGAGCCUGGAGAAGGAAUGCAUCAGCCUGCAGGCCUCACUGGAGGCAGAGAGGAGGGAGCACAGCCAGGGCUCAGAGACCAUCAGCGACCUGAUGGGACGUAUCUCCGGCCUGGAGGAGGAGGCCCGCCAGCAGAGACAGACUCUGUCCAAAACUGAGACCGAGAAGAGACAGCUUCAGGAAAAACACACCGAUCUGGAGAAGGAGAAGAGCAACAAGGAGAUUGAUUUGACCUACAAGCUGAAGGUGCUGCAGCAGGAGCUGGAGCAGGGGGAGGCCUCUCAUAAGGCCACCAGGGCAAUGCUGGCAGACAAGAGCAAGAUCAAAGUAACCAUCGAGGGCGCCAAGUCAGAGUCCAUGAAGGAGAUGGAUCAGAAGCUGGCAGAGGAGCGUGGAGCCAAACUUCGACUGGAGAACCGAAUACUGGAUCUGGAGAAGCACAGCAGCAUGAUGGACUGUGACUAUAAACAGGCCCUGCAGAAACUAGACGAGCUGCGCAGACACAAGGACCGGCUGACUGAGGAGGUGAAGAACCUGACGUUGAAGAUAGAGCAGGAGACCCAGAAGCGCAACCUGACCCAGAAUGACCUGAAGGCCCAAAACCAGCAGCUCAAUUCUCUGCGAACCUCCGAGAAGCAGCUCAAGCAGGAAACGAAUCACCUGCUCGACAUUAAACGCAGCCUGGAGAAACAGAACCAAGAGCUGCGCAAAGAAAGACAGGACACAGACGGGCAAAUGAAGGAGUUGCAGGACCAGUUAGAAGCUGAACAGUAUUUCUCUACGCUAUAUAAGACCCAGGUUCGUGAACUAAAGGAGGAGUGCGAGGAGAGGAACAAAUUCUACAAAGAUGCGCAGCAGUCUCUGCAGGAGCUACAGGAGGAGAGGGAUUCAUUGGCGGCUCAGCUUGAGAUCACACUGACGAAGGCUGACUCGGAGCAGCUGGCGCGCUCCAUCGCUGAGGAGCAGUACUCGGACCUGGAGAAGGAGAAGAUAAUGAAGGAGCUGGAGCUGAAGGAGAUGAUGGCCCGCCACCGGCAGGAGCUGUCUGAGAAAGACAUCACCAUCAAUUCACUGGAGGAAGCCAACAGAACCCUGACCAGUGAUGUCGCCAACCUAGCCAAUGAGAAGGAGGAGCUUAACAACAAACUGAGGGAGGCAAUAGAAGAAUCAGAAAAGUCGAAGGAUUGGGAGCAGCAGAUCAACCAGAUGAAUAAGACCUUUGACAAGCAGCUGCAGACAGAGAGGACGCUGAAAACUCAGGCAGUCAAUAAGCUGGCAGAGAUCAUGAACAGGAAGGUGGACCGCGUCGGAGGCAGUCGCCGUGGCAACGACACAGAACUGCGGCGGAAGGAGAAGGAGAACAGGAAGCUGCAGUUGGAGCUGAGGUCGGAGAAGGAAAAACUCAACAGCAGCAUCAUCAAAUAUCAGAGGGAGAUCAACGAAAUGCAGGCGCAACUGUCUGAUGAGAGCCAGAUGCGCACUGAGCUGCAGAUGGCCCUGGACAGCAAGGACAGCGACAUCGAGCAGCUGAGGAACCUCCUGCAGACGCUCAGUGUUCAAUCGAUGGAUUCUGCCAGCGUCAGCAGUGGGCCAGAGUUUGAAUCGGAUGAUGCAUACACAGAAACCAGGCUGGAGGGCUGGCUUUCUCUCCCUGUGAGAAACAACACCAAGAAGUUUGGAUGGGAGAAAAAGUAUGUUGUUGUGAGCAGCAAGAAGAUUCUCUUCUACAACAAUGAGCAGGACAAAGAGCAGUCCAUUCCCUACAUGGUGCUGGAUAUAGACAAACUCUUCCAUGUGAGGCCUGUCACUCAAACAGACGUGUACCGCGCUGACGCCAAAGAGAUUCCCAGGAUAUUCCAGAUUCUUUAUGCCAAUGAAGGCGAGAGCAAAAAGGAGCCCGAGUUUCCUGUGGAUCCGCUCGGAGAGAAGUCCAGCUACAUCUGCCACAAGGGCCACGAGUUCAUCCCCACGCUCUACCAUUUCCCCACCAACUGCGAGGCGUGCACCAAGCCGCUGUGGAACAUGUUCAAGCCGCCGCCCGCUCUGGAGUGCCGCCGCUGCCACAUCAAGUGCCACAAGGACCACAUGGACAAGAAGGAGGAGAUCAUCGCUCCGUGCAAAGUGAACUAUGACGUGUCUUCGGCCAAGAAUCUGCUGCUGCUGGCCAUAUCCCAGGAGGAGCAGCAGAAGUGGGUGAGCCGACUGGUCAAGAAGAUCCCCAAGAAGCCUCCGCCACCAGACCAGUUUGCGCGUUCCUCGCCACGCGCUUCCAUGAAGGUCCAACCCAGCCAGUCCUUGAGGAGGCCCAGUCGACAGCUCCCCACCAGCAAGAGCAGCCCUCGCAGGUCAAAUGGCUCCAAAGUGAGGUCAGAAGAAUCCCACAGUGGACACUGGUCCAAAUGACGACUUCUCCUCCCACCUUGUUCUUCCUUUGCCCAAAUGUUUCCCUGUAAACGACUCUAAUCCCUGAAUUUAACCUUGCUUGAGAGUGCGCUGCAUAAUCAAGGUGGCGGGGGAUGUGUGUGUCCUCCCAAAUCAAAGACUAUACAACGCUCCGUUUGCAGAUCAGCACACUGAACUCCACAUCGCUUCUCCACAGCCCACCCUGUCGUGCUUCAGCCUCGUGAGAGUUACAAAGUCUGCCUUUUAUUUCCCCUUUUUGUCGAACUUCUUUCCCAGGUACUUGAAGCGGUAACGACUAUCACCUGAACACCUGUGAUCUUUUCACCGAGCUGGGACGGCUUUUAAGCAUAUUAGCCGAAGUCUUCUCUCGGGCCCUUGACUAGAGCAGUUGAGUGUCUCGUUGAGCUCCCACAGAACAGAAGAGAGCUCUUAUGAGCCCGCCCAGGGCUGGCAAGAAGGGGAUACACUUACCUCAACGCUGUCUGAUUGAAGGACCCGACAGGAAAACACUUCCUCACCACCCUUUUGGGGAUUCUUGUGGCCAAAUUUUAAAAAGACACUCUUGUGUUUAAUGAUUGUGAACAAUAUGAAGGGUUUAAUGGGGAACACUACACUCAGAAGAUCGUAAAUUCUGUAAUUUGUUGGCUGAGUACAGCUAAGAUUGUUGAACUUGAUCCCAGAUACAGUAUCUGUACUUUGGCUUUAUUCAAACUCUUUUAAACAUAUUGAUUGUAGCUUCUUUUGCUCCUCACGAUUCUGCUUUCAGGCACGCGUCCACACGGGUCACAGAAACUUGAAUAAGGUACUUAACCAGCUAAACCAGCUGUGACUUCUAGGAAAGUCUGCUGCACGGCGGGGGAAGAAGGAGUGUCGGAUUCCUCCAGCAAAUAAUUCCUCGAGUGCCUCUUAUUCAGAUUUCUGACUCGAGCACGCUCUGAAUCACCAGUUUGACUACAGUAACGGUUCUAAGUGAACAGAAUCCGGCUCUGAACGGCAUUGGAUGGAGGCCCAGUCACGAGUUUCCUCACAUUCCUAUACUCUUUUCAAACCUGCACUGUCAGUUACGAGGGUUAAUGUUUACUGAAUUCAAGGGGUGCACCGUUAAUGCUUUUUCUGAUCCGAGCUCGGCUCCUUUAUUUGUUGUUUGAAUGUACAUCUGGGCUUUCACCAGAGACGACACGCAGGCAUUGUAUUACUUCUAUAUCCAAAUAUACUUGACUGAAGCCCCCGUUCAUCACCAACUACUCUGAGUGAACCUGCAUGUGUUUGCCUUUUCAGGCCUCACACUUAAAGGGCAACUUCGGUAUUUUUCAACAUGGACCCUUUUUUCCCAAUGUUUUUGUGUCUAACUGACCAAUGGGGACAACAUUGGUUCAGUAUUGAAGGAGGAAUGCUACAGCCGCUAAACAAGCUGUAAUGUAACCAUUAGGGGCAACCUGGCACCAUCAGUUUAUGUCCACUAAAAGUGCAUGUUUUCGCCACUGACAGGCCAACCGAUUAGACUGUUGUCAGGCUAUUAAAUAGGCGUUAUGAGUAGCUAUAAGCCCCAUAGAUAUGGGUCAGUAGGGGCCUACUACACUCACUUGUAGGUUUUAUGUUCUAUUCACAUGGUAGUUCACCGAAAGAAGGUAUAAAAGAGCACAACAGUGACCUCUAGCAAGUGUGAAAUAAUAAGGGGUAGAGAUCAGGGACGAUGGAGAGAGGAGUGCCACAGGAUGCCAAUGUUGAUGUUGAGUUUGUUGUGUUGGAAUACAGAAAGCGUAGUUUAGUGUUAUCUAAAAUAUUUUCAAUGUCAUGGCUUAAAAUUUAGAUGAUUUCCGCAAUGCGGAGGCGACACAAGAUUUCAGAACGAGAAUUCUCUGAGCGAGACACACAAUAACAAACAGACCGGAUCAAGCGAAAGGUAAGAAAAACAUUUUAUUUCUCUGUAGGAUUUUUACCGUAAUGUUGUCAGACACUUAUAAUUACAAUCUGAGCAUGUUAGUGACAUAAACAAGCACUUUUGGUGGACGUAAAUGACGGUGCCAGGUUGCCCCAAAGGAUUGCAUUACAGAUAAUGCUAGUGGCUGCAGCAUUAUCCAAAAAUACUGGACCAGUUUCAAAAAGUGUCGUCCCUAUUGGUCACUUAGACACAAAAACAUGGGGAAAUAUGGUCCAGGUUGAAAAAUACUGGUUAUCCUUUAAAGUGUUGUCACCCACAGGCCUCCACCUGUUAGUUCUUUUAGUCAUUCCUGGCAAUGAAAAUGAGGGCUGUUAACCAAUAAGAAGCAGAAAGGAUGAAGGUAUGCAAUCAUAUUACAUGAGUCUAAAUACUGAGCAGCACUAUUCCAUUGAAAGUUUUUUUUUCUAAAAGUGUUUGUCCUGAUAUUUUUGUAUUAAAAAGUAACCAAACUCUGAGUUUGGGUUGUGUGUGUGGCUUAUAUAGCAGGUGGAGAGUAACGGUGUGUGUGUGUGUGUGUGCGUGUGUGUGUGCGCCAGUGUGUGUGUGUAGCGAGUGCUCUCCUUUAACCAAGAAGCAUGUUUUAUACAUAUAAAUAUACACAGUAUAUAUUUUACAUGCCAUACAGUGCACAGUAUAUUAUUUAUACAGCCUUGUCCACUUUGUAUUUAAGGGCUCUACAUCCAGACUGCAUGUUUGCUACCAAACAGCUCUAUAAUAAUAACUACUUCAACAAUAAAGACGUGGAUGUGCCUUUUG